AUGGAUAGUUUCGAUGUCAUAAUCGUCGGCGCCGGCCUGGCCGGUAUCAACGCUGCUUACCGUCUACAAUGCGCUCUACCACACCUCAGCUACGUCAUACUCGAAGCCCGCGACGAGAUCGGUGGUACCUGGGACUUGUUUCGCUACCCAGGCAUUCGCUCUGACUCCGAUCUCUACACUUUUGGCUUCGCCUGGCAGCCGUGGGACCAAGGCACCACGCUUGGCGAGGGCGGUGCCAUUGUAACCUACAUGAAGAAGGCUGCACAAAAAUACGGCAUUGACAAGCACAUUCAUUACGAACGACGAUUGAAGACAGCUUCGUGGUCGACACCCGAGCAGAAGUGGACGUUAAAGGUGGAAGACACUCAAACACACACCGAGACUCAGUACCGCGCCCGCUUCACCAUGCUCUGUACCGGCUACUAUGACUUCCACCAAGGCCUCGAAGCCGACAUCCCGGGCCUCGGCAAUUUCAAGGGCCAGACUGUACACCCGCAGUUCUGGCCCGAAGACAUCAACUACACGGAUAAGCAGGUUAUCCUCAUUGGAAGCGGUGCCACGGCCAUCACGCUGAUACCCAAGUUGGCUGAGAAGGCAGCCCGAACCACCAUGGUCCAGCGCAGCCCGUCCUAUAUCCUAUCAAUCCCGAACGGCGGAAAGAAGCCCUCAUGGGUGGUACGAUUUCUCCCCAGGCGGUGGGCUCAUGCCUAUACCCGCCUGUCGUUCCUGGUAUGGUCGCGCUGCAUCUGGCUCUUUUGCCAGACGUUUCCGAACCUGGCUCGUAAGCGGCUGAGGAAAGGCGUCGAGAAGGAGCUGCCACCCCAUCUACCCUACGAUCCACACUUCAAUCCUCGCUACAAUCCCUGGGAUCAGCGCGUUUGUCUAACGCCAAACGCUGAUUUCUUCAAAUGUCUACAUACCGGGAAAGCGGAUAUCAAGACGGGAACCAUCAAGGAAGUGGUGGCUGACGGCAUUGUGCUUAACAACGCCCCUGACGACAAAAUUCCGGCCGACAUCAUCAUCACCGCGACAGGUCUCAAACUGCAAAUUGCUGGCGGCGCUACCAUCGAAGUUGAUGGCGUCCCCGUCAAGCCCGCCGAAAAGUACUUCUGGAAUGGAGUCAUGUUGCAGGAUGUGCCCAACCUGUCUCUAGUCAUCGGCUACGCCACCAUCUCGUGGACCCUGGGGGUUGAUACCGCUGCUCUGCUCACGUGUCGUUUGCUGCGGAAGAUGGAAAAGAAGAAGAUGUCGAGUGCCACGCCUCGAGCCGAGCAGGGUACAGCCCUAACGCCAAGGCGGCUGUUCAAUCUCUCAUCGACGUACGUUGCCGUUGCCGAGAGUGAAUUGCCCAGAGCAGCAGAUCAGGCACCAUGGCAGCCCCGGACGAACUAUCUGUCAGAUUACUGGUUUGUCAAGCUAGGUAACUUGGAGAAGGGCCUGCAGUUCUCACGGGAGAAGCCGGAUUCAAGGAAUAAGCUCCUGUAA